AUGGAAACAAACAAUUCUGAAGUGAAACACAACAAUACGACCACAGACUUGGCUGUGCUGUUUGUGUAUCAUGGUUUAGUCAGCGAUAACACCAGAGAAAUAUUCCAGUGGAUCUUCUUCGCUGUGCUAUCUCAGGUCAUUUCUUGUUUUGGCACUGUGACGAAUAUUGUGAACAUUAUUUGUUUUCUGAAGACAGGGUUCAAAGACGUGGUCAAUAUUAGCUUGUUGG